GUCAACAUCAGCCAGCAGGAAUAUGUGAAGAAGUAUCGCGAGUAUUUGAUUCGAACUCAAGAACGCAAGCGACGGGAAAAAGCUGAAUUAGCGUACACAAUACCUACCGAGUGGAAAUCGGAGAAUGUUUCUCUGCAUAUAGUUAGCAUCAUAUCAAAUGUUACCAUUUGGGACCAGUAUUCGCGACGGAAACGGAAUACACGAAAUUUUAGGGAGGGCGAUUCAACUGAAUAUUACUAUCCAGAUGAUGAUGUUGCCAAUGCUGAACAUAAAACAAUUACUGACCAUUUAAUUUUUCCACGCAAACAACGUAAUAACGACGACAGAGUACGUCUUAAUCAAAACGGGAAAACCAUAAUAAUAUUACACUUUUCUUUGGAUGCCAAAAAUAUUGGAAAACUGAAACCUGGCGACAUUGAAGAGGCCAAUAUUCGUUUCAUGCUGAUUCACAGUGCAGCGUUGGCCGCUAAAUCUACCAGACAUAAUAAAACUAAGCGACGCCCAUGUGACGGCAAUAACAGUGCUUAUAGUGUUCAAGGCUUUACAACAUUCAGUAAGCAAAAGCGUGUUUUAAAACUAAAAAUAUAUCAAAGAUUGAGUCAUGGAAAACGCCUUUUGCUCGAUAGCCGUAAGUUUGAGUUUAAUCAAAGUGUUGGUAAUACCCAUAGUCAGUGGGUGCAAUUUGAUGCGACAAGAGCAGUAGAAUCAUGGCUACGGGAGCGUCAAUCCAAUCAAGGUGUCGAAGUACAGUGCGACAACUGCUUUCGUGAAGGUGCACGUAUACUGAACGGCAUGUCAUCGUCAUUUCAUAUUCAGGAUGUAGGGGCAGACGACGCCAAUUUAGUGCCAGUUUUAAAUAUAAUCAGUCGACUUGGGGCCACAUAUGAGGAGCUUAGAUCGAAUGAGCAUUCGAAUUCAGGCGAGGGGGUACAUCAUCAUAAUCUACCCACGCUACCCAAUGGUCGCCAGCGUACAAGCGGAGUUACUGUCGCCAAAAACUCUUGUCGAAAACCCAAUCAGCGUUGUUGCCGGCAUUCAAUGGAAGUAGUAUUCAAGAAAAUCAAAGGUUUUGAGUUUAUAAUACAACCAAAGGUGUUUGAUGCUGGUUACUGUCGCGGUCAUUGUCCUCCGCGCUAUAACCCAGCUCAUCACCAUGCAAUGUUGCAGAGUUUGAUUUGGAAACAAAAUCCUAAGAAUGCCCCACGUCCAUGUUGUGCACCAUCGAAACUCGUCGAGCUAGAAGUAUUACAUGUAGAUGAAAAAGACAGUGAAAGGCUGAAGAUCUCAACGUGGGCCAAUAUGCGGGUGGUUGAAUGCGCAUGCUCGUAGAUCACACAGUCCAUCUUGCCCUUACCCCUUUUAGCUAUUGUUUCGACGACAUCGAUGCUGUUAUUUGAAUUGCUGUUAAGGCCACAGAUGUGUAAUAAAGAAACUAUAAAGUGUUUAGCCUUAAAGUCUUUUUAUUGAUAAAAAGUAAAUCACCAUACCCAUAACUGCCGUAUAAUCUUCUUUGCCUAACUGUUUCUUCUACAAUUAUGAUAUAUUUUCAAUGCUGAGAUAUGCAUGUUACUUGGGUGCAAAUUGAUGACGGCUUGAACUUUCCAAAGAUAUUGAAGCACAAAAUACAUAUUGACCUAUUACUGUUUGCUACGAAAAGCAACAAACAACAUUUUUCUGGAAAAAGAUUUUCUUAAAUCUACAU